AUGGCGGGCGCGGGGGCGGCAGCGGAAGCAACCGGCAGGGGCGGGGGCGAUGACCGGCAGUGGUGUUGCCGGGGCCGCUCGCCUCACCACAAUAGGAACGGCGACCUCGCCGCUCGCCUCGCCCAUGACAUGAACGGCGACCUCGCCGCUUGCCUCGCCCACAUGGACAAAAGCUGGAUUAGAAAGUUUUCGAAAGAACAUAUUAAAGGAGUUGAUGAUUUCAUGGCAUUUGUUCGGGCAAAUUUUGCCAACGAUGCUCACAUUCUUUGCCCAUGCUAUGAAUGCCUCAACCAUUCAAGAAUGGCUCAAGGAAGAGUGGAAGAUCAUCUGCUUCUUAAUGGGAUGUCCAUCACAUACGAUAGAUGGAUAUAUCAUGGACAACCUUUAGACAGACAACCUCAACAUUUUGAAGCUGAUACAGAGGCCCCUCAUAUGAUGGGUGGUGGUGAUGCUGGCAUUGAUUUCAUGGAAAAGGUUUUGCGAGAUAAUGCUGGUUUGGAGGAAGAGGAUGGGCAUGAAGAUGAUAGGAUUCCUGACCUAUUGAAGGAUUUGUACGAUGCUGAAGAUCGUGCUGAUGGAAAAAAGUCGUUGUUUGCUGAGGUGUUAGAGGAGGCGAAGCGCGUAGCUCAUGAAGGGGGUAAAUUUUCAAGAUUUACCUUCACCGUGAAGUUACUCCACAUCAAGUCUUUCUACCGGAUUAGCAAUGCUGCAUUCAACGCAAUACUCCGCCUUUUGUGCUUGCAAUUCCCUAAUAGUUGUGUUCCCAGAUCUUAUGAUGAAGCAUUGAGCAUAAUCCACAGGCUGGGGUUAGGUUAUGUGUCAAUACAUGUGUGCCCAAAUAACUGUGUCUUGUUUCGGAAGGAUUUAGCAAAGCAUGACAACUGUCCAAAAUGCAAUGCCUCUAGGUGGAAAGAUGCUGAUGGGAAGAAGUCAAUACCGGAGAAGGUACCGAGGCACUUUCCGUUGAUACCAAGGCUGCAGCGGAUGUUCAUCUCGAAGAAAUCAUCGCGUGAGGUACAGUGGCACAAGCUGAAGCGGCAACCUGUGGACAAUGAGCUGAGCCAUCCAGCGGACGGAGAGGCAUGGAAAGAGUUUGACCGUAUACAUUUAGACUUUGCUGCAGAUCCAAGGAACAUAAAACUUGGCAUUGCCACAGAUGGGUUUAAUCCGUUUGGGAACAUGAGCACGUCUUAUAGCAUGUGGCCAGUUUUUGAGGUGCCGUACAACCUGCCACCAUGGGCAUGCAUGGAUCAGUCCAACUUCAUGAUGUCAUUGCUUAUCCCGGGUCCAGAGUCUCCAGGAAAGGAUUUUGAUGUCUUUAUGGAGCCCCUCGUAGAAGAACUGCUCCAGCUCUGGACUGGUGUACCUACAUACGAUGCCUUGAGUCCGGAAGAAAAGUUCAAUCUACGUGUUGUAAUCAUAUGUUCCAUCCAUGAUUUCCCGGCUCUGCACACUCUGUCUGGGAGGAUCACACCAGGUUAUAAGGCCUGUGUCCAUUGUGACAAAGACCCUUGCUCAAAGAGAAUAAGGAGCAAGAUCUGCUAUAUUGGGCACCGCCGCUUUCUUCCCCGAAACCAUCGCUGGCGAAGAAGCAAAGAUUUUAAUGGUGAGAAUGAAACCCGUGACAAGCCAGCUGAAUUCACUAGAGAAGAGCUGGAGCAGCAACUUGAAAAGGUGAAAGAUGUGAGACCAGGAAAGCUUGCGAAGAAAAGAAAGCGUGAGGAAGGUCAAUGUUGGGACCGGAGGUCUUGUUUGUGGGACCUACCAUACUCGGCUGAUUUGAAAUUAAGGCAUAAUCUCGAUGUAAUGCACAUUGAGAAAAACAUAUGCGAGAAUCUUCUAGGGACGUUUCUGAACAUUGAAGGGAAGACAAAGGACACGGUUAGUUCUAGUCUUGAUUUGGAGGACACGGGCAUAAGAGAAGAUUUGCAUCUACAUCACAAUGAAGAUGAAGAUUCAUUUAAAAUGCCACGAGCAUGGUAUACAAUGAGUAAAGAACAAAAGCUUGCAUUCUGUGAAUUCCUAAGAGCGGUGAAAUUUCCAGAUGGUUAUGCUGCUAACCUAGCAAAGUGUGUUACUUCUGAUGGAUUCAAGCUUUCAGUACUGAAAACCCAUGAUUGUCACAUCCUCCUCCAAAGGAUUUUACCGGCGGGCGCCUCCGAGGAAUCAUGGACAAGGAUAUAUAUGAAGCGAUGGAACCGGCUGGACAGAAAUAGAGAGCGGUCUGAUUCGCAAAGUGGUGAUGUCUCUAUUUUCAACCAUGGUGUGAACUUUCUUGGAGCCUCACAAUACUUGGAGCCUGGUGAUGAGUAUGACAAGAUGGUUUGGAAAUGCAAGGAAGAGUUAAAUCAGGAAGAAAUCAAGAUCAAUGUUGAUAAAAGGGUUGCCAAGGGGUUUGCUAAUUGGUUUAAGAAUCAUUUGCAUGAGGAGAAGAAGGUCAGUGAUGAUCUAUUUGCUUUGGCAUGCUUAUCGGAUAAGCGAGUGAGAGUGUAUUCAGCAUGCAUUGCUGACGGUGUCCGGUACCACACCGUUGACCGCGAGGAAAAAAGGAAGACACAGAAUAGUGGAGUCGUCACUGAGGGGUCACAUGAUCGUGAGAUCAUUGACUUCUAUGGUCAGUUGAGAAGCAUCGUAGAGUUGCAGUACAACUCUAGUGGAGGCAUCCAUCGCUCGGUUGUCUUAUUUCGCUGUGACUGGUUUGAGCUUGGUAGCAAGAAGAAGAGAGACUCUUUUGUCAAAUAUGAUGGCCACUUCAAAAGCAUCAACACUGCAAGGUGCUGGUAUAAGAGUGAUCCCUUUAUUCUAACAACACAAGCAACAAUGGUGUUUUAUCUGCGGGACACUCUUUUGCACGGAAAAUGGCGAGUUGUGCAAAACUUUGAGCACAUACACUUGUGGAGUAUGACUGAAACUGAAGUGGAAAAGGGCCCCGGUGAUGGUGGACUAACAUACCAAGAUGAUGACUCUACGGAAGUUCCGUUGCAAGCUGAUGAUGACUCUAUGGAAGUUCCGGUGCAAAGCAGAGUGCGAAGGGACCGAGAACGUGUGAUCGUUGAUGCUGCAAUAGUUGAAGGCAUCAAGAAAAGAAGAAAGGUGGUAGCGGAUGGACAUGAGAGCGAGGAUGAGGAAAACAGGACUGAUCAUACUAUGCUGCAAUAUUGUAGUGAUGAUGAGGAAAACAGGAGUGGGCAUAGAGUUCCUUGUUUUCGUAUCGACGAUGAUGAGUAG